AUGCAAGCUGCAGCCAACACCGCGCAAAACUACCUCGGCCCUCUCGAUACGACUGUUCAUCCGGAAUACAAGCAUGCUGAAGAUGGUUCAACAAUGCGAGCAUUGGCAUGGUUUGGUAACAAGGAUGUGCGGAUGGUUGAUGCCCCUAUCCCAGCCAUCACGGAACCGGACGACGUCAUCGUGAAGGUGACGGGAACGACUAUUUGCGGAUCAGACCUUCAUUUAUAUCAUGGGGAAAUCAUGACGAUGCAGAAAGGAGACAUUCUCGGCCAUGAGUUCAUGGGAAUUGUCGAUAAAGUAGGCCCCAAUGUGACCCAUCUCCGUCCCGGACAGCGAGUGGUUGCAUCGUUCCAAAUCGCUUGUGGCAAAUGCGAAUAUUGCAAAAAGAGACUGUCAUCGUUUUGCGACAGAACAAACAAUUCGUCUCUACAAAACUACAUGUACGGUCAGCGCGACGCCGGCUUUUUUGGUUACUCACACUUCACCGGAGGAUUCCCGGGAGGGCAAGCAGAGUUUGUGCGCGUCCCUCUUGGAGAAGUGAAUCUCUUGCCGAUACCCGACAACGUCCCCGAUGAGAAAGCCUUGUUCCUGUCAGACAUUCUUCCGACAAGUUAUCAUGCUGUGGUAGAUACUGGCGUUCAUGACGGGGACGUAGUUGGAAUUUGGGGUUUGGGCCCCAUUGGCAUGUAUGCUGCAAAAUGGGCACAACUCAAAGGAGCCAGUCGCGUCAUCGGAAUUGAUAAAGUACCGGAGCGCCUCGCAUUUGCAAAGGAAAAACUCGGGAUUGAGGUUAUUGACUUUAGCAAAUUCUCUGACAUUCCGAAACGCAUUUAUGAGCUUGUUCCCCGGGGUCUCGAUGUUGCACUUGACUGUGGAACCUUCCACGAACCGAAGACCAUGAUGCACAAAGUUCAGAAGUUGAUGAUGCUAGAGACAGAUUCUCCCGAGACCAUUAACGAGAUGAUUGUCUCGGUCAGAAAGUUGGGAAGAUGCGGCAUCAUUGCAGCAUACGCUGGUUUUGCCAACGGCGUCAAUAUCGGUGCAUUGAUGGAAAAGGGCGUUCGUUUGAUUGGGAAUGGUCAAGCGCCCGUUCACUUGUACUGGAAAGAGAUUUUGCACGAUUACAUCAUGACCGGAGAAUUUGACCCCACGUUUGUUAUUACACACAGAGUACCUCUUGAAGACAUGUCUAAGCUUUACAGUGCGUUUGACACUCGACAGUCCGGUGUCGAAAAGGUCUUUGUCGAGACCAAGUUCUCAUCAAAGCCAAGCGUUGGCUGCCCCUCCGUUAGCAGGGUAUCGGAGUGGAGUUCGAUUAAUUAA